UACUAGAAACCUCCAGCCUCCUACCUUCCUGUCAGCUGAAGGGAUGUCACUGAUAUAUUUAAGUGGACAGCACCAAGAAAUGUGAUGUUGACCCAGGUCCAGGAGGUUACUGGCCGUUAUGUGUGUUGAUGUAAGCUGUCUGAAGAGGCUUGUGACUGGUCAGAGGGAGGGAACUGGUUUGAGCCCACUCAUCUUCCAAAUCUUGCAGCUGAUCUUAAAAUAGGCCGGCAGGGAGAAUAAAAGCCACGGCGAGGAAGCUGCACCCUCAGAGGAGAGGUUGAUCCAAGAGAGAGACACACCCCCUAAAGGGACUUACUUAAAGCUUUUGCAAGUUCUUCUGCAACAAGACUCCAGGAUGAAGUACUACGAAUGCCCCAUGUCCCAGACCCUGGGAAUCAAAGCUUACAGCCAGCGCUGCAGCCUUCCAGUCACAUGCAAGAGCACAGCCUCCCUGAAGCCGGUCCGGAGCGUCCACUUCCCCAACGACGUUGUUUUCCAGGACUGCGUCCGGCACGGCGAGCUGGAGAGGAUCGGACGUUUCAUCAGGGCCAGCAGGGUCAAGCUGGACACCAUUUACCACUCUGGAAUGGCAGCCAUCCACGAGGCAGUCCUGACAGGGAAUCUGGAGUGCGUGCAGCUGCUGGUGCACUAUGGAGCAGAUAUCCACCAGAGAGACGAGGAGGGGUGGACCCCGCUGCACAUGGCAUGCAGCGACGGCUUCCCACACAUCGCACGCUACUUUCUGUCGCUGGGCGCCGACCCCGAGCUGGAGAACGAGUGCGGCGAGAAGCCGGCUGACCUCAUCGAGCCGGACAACAAGGAGCUGCUGAGGCUCUUUGGGCUGGCGGUCAACGACUGAAGACCCCAGAGGUCCCUUGAGCUCCACAGUCGUCCGAAAGCCGCUGCAGGUUGUUCUGAAAGUUCUUCGGCAGUGACCGGAGAAAGCCGCAUCAGUCCAGGUUCCUGGUUUUUGAGCUGCCACAGCUCCAGGAGGGGAUGGACGCCGGGUGGACGAAGGGCCGGCAGGCAGAACUGACAGACUCGUCUGAUUGGACUGUUUUACUCCAGCAGCACCAACCUGCUGCGUCCUCUCCGCGCCUCAGACCUUUUUAUAACUUUGCUUUUUUUAUAUAUAUCGUUAUCUGAAUGUGCAGGAAUGUUUGACUUUGUGAAACAAAGCUGUUGCACUUUUUAGUUCCAUUUCUAAGAUGACUGUCAUGUUUAUGUUUUUAGCCUUUACCAGCAAGUUUGUUGUUGUGUUUUGAUAAUUUUUAA